GAAUACAGGGCAACAUGGCUCCCGGAGAUGAAAGGAAGACUCUUCAUCCUUUCUGAAGCGGUGAAAAAGAGAGGCCAGAGAGGAGAAAGAAAAGUGCCCGUCAUCGCUUUUAUCCUCCCAUCUUCUCCGUAGUAUGGUCUGCCUCACCCCUCCUCUCCACCCAAAUCCAAUUUGUAGUCUCCUCCACUCUUGUCUUCAUUUACUCACACCCUCGCCCCUCCCCUCGGGGAAUCCUUUUCCCGCCACCCCGCCCCCCGCGAAGUGCGCACGCGCCCGCCCCCAGCUUGGCGCCCAGAUAACCGCCUAGCUUGCUCUGGCAGCAGUUGUUUCGUCUAGGCCCCGACGAAGCAUGGGUGUUCAGAGCUUCCAAGAGUUCCUGGAAAAGCGUUGUCCUGGGGCUGUGGUGCCAGUGGAUCUCCUCAAACUCGCGCGCACGGUCUCGCGGCGGCGGCGGCGGCGGCGGCAGCGGCAGCGGCAGCAGCAGCAGCACCUACACCGCCAGUUGCCUCCGACAGUCGCCCUAGCGCCUGGGGCUCCACGCUCAGCCAGGGGUUCUGUACCUCUGCAACCGCCGCUCCCGCCCGCUGCCUUGAGUGCCUACUCUGGAGGCGGUUGGCCGCCUCGGCAUCAUCACCCUGCUCACCACUUCCACCACCACGGCCAGACGCAGACCAGCCUGCACCCGCCACUGCCGCCGUCCCCUCCGCUGCCCGGCGCCCGAGUGCUGGUGGAUGCGGGCUCGGCGCUGCCGCGGCUGUAUGGCGGCUACCAGACGGAUUGGGUUUGUGGCGGCCAAUGGAACGCCAUGCUGGGCUACUUGGCUGCGCUGUGCCAAGCCUGUGCCUUUCCCGGCGGCGACAGCCUGGAGCUUGUGGUCAUGUUCCCUGGGGGCCUGGGCAAGGACCGGCUGGCUGAGUGGGGCUGUCGGUGCCAAGCCGAGCCGUAGACAGCGCAACUGAUCGUGGGACACGUGGGCAACAAGGGCACCCCUCCACCACGGGCCUGGUUCCUGCCACCGGCCUGCCUGAGCCACUGCGUGAGGCUAGCACUCAUCUGCUUCCGGGUCAAGGUCUUUCAGAGCCUUGAAGACCACCAUUUGGAAGUGGUGGCUUUUUUCAGAGAAAAUGGCUUCCAUGGCCUUCUUGCCCAUGACUCCGAGUAUGCACUCUACAAUAUUUCUUCUUACUAUAGUUCCCAUGCUCUGAAGCUGAGUUGGAAUGGGAAGAACCUCACUACCAACCAGUUCCUAAUGCAGGAGGUGGCCAAGCAGCUGGGCUUGAAUAGAAUGAAUUUUCCCAUAUUUGCUGCACUGCUAGGUAACCACAUUCUCCCAGAUGAGGACUUGGCUGCUUUCCACUGGAGCCUCUUGGGACCAGAACAUCCUCUUGCAUCACUUAAGGUCCGAGCUCACCAGCUUGUUCUUCCUCCCUGUGAUGUGGUGAUCAAAGCUGUUUCUGAGUAUGUUAAUUCCAUCAAAGACCCCUCAAACCUGGAUAUAGUUGGGAAAGAUGUUUUCAAACAGUCUCAGUCCAGGACAGAAGAUAAAAUAGAACGAUUCAAGAAAGCAGUUGAGUUCUAUUCAGUCACAACCAAACUCUCUUCGCUGCCAGUGGGUCCCUCCCUUCUAGGUUUUCGAAAUAAUAGGCAUCCUCACCUUCCUCGAAAUCUUGGCGCCAUUUCUGCUGGAAAGCCAAUGUUUUCUCACCAAGUACCCCAGAAAAUAAAACAUCCACCACCAUUUCAAAUGGGACCCAACUCAUCUCUUCUCUUCUCCCCCCAUGCUUUGAGGGCAUCCCAUGCUUUUUCUGAGGAUUCUAUGCUGCAGGACAGCCCCUUUGCCAACUGGGCUGUCUCUUAUGACUCCUCUGCAUCCCAGUUUCCCAAUUACCUGACUUCUAAAGCCUCACCUCUUUUGGGACCAGACUCUUUCCACUUCUCUUCCUCUGAUGAUGAACCAAAUGGAGCUAGCUCUGAUCGUAUCGCAGAAGCACUUCAGCAGCAGCCUGAAUGGAAAGAGCCCAAUGGUGACAGAGGUUCUUGGGUACAGCCUCUUGAUGCUGGAGUUUCAGAAGCCAGCCUAGGUGAUGGUGAAACCCACAUUCCAUCUCUGCUAUCUAUGUCUACAAGGAACCACAUGGACAUCACCAUUCCACCUUUACCUCUAGUUGCUCCAGAAGUCUUGCGAGUUGCUGAACAUAGGCACCGGAGGGGUCUUAUGUACCCAUAUAUCUAUCACGUCCUCACUAAGGGUGAAAUUAAGAUCCCUGUACGUAUUGAGGAUGAACGUAACAUGGAGCUACCUCCAGCUGCUCUCUUGUUCCGGUCAGCUCGUCAAUAUAUAUAUGGAGUCCUUUUUAGUCUGGCAGAAACACAGCCGAAAAUGGAACGCCUGGCUAUACGCCGGCGGCUGCCUAUAGAAGCUAUGGAACAGUCUUCAAGAAAAGGCAUCAUUCACCAGAAUACAUACUGGUAUGGGAAAUACAUUAAUGUAAGUCCCUGUUAUGCAGUUAUCAAAUAUUCAGAAUACAUGGUUCAGUGGCCUGGUGGCCGAAUCCUGCAUCACCAUGAGCUAGAUACCUUCCUUGCACAGGCAGUGUCUACUCAGCUUUAUGAACCAGAUCAACUCCAAGAACUCAAGGUCUCCAUUCAAUCCCACCUCAAGGAGGAAAACUGGAGAUUGCUGGGAUGGUUGUGGGCCAGUGGGCAGGCAACAGGCAACAAAGGAACUGGCAUCAUAAGAUUGUUUGACAUCCAAGUCAAACAAUCCAAGUUGUUUGGAUUGUUGGCAUCCAAGUUGUUUCUGUCAGUGGGCCAGGAAAGGGGCGUGCAAAAGAACAGACUGGCAGAGGAUCCAAAGGGCACAAAAAAGGAAAUAAACAAAGCUCUUCAGAUGGAGUCUCUAAAUCCCUGGAGUUUCAUCAAGGGCAAUCUUGUUCACAGGUAAAUGGAAACAAUGGCACAUUGAUCAAGGAAGAGAAGAGUGAUCAUCAUCUUCCAGUCCCAUCACAAUGUGCCUUAUCCAGAGACAGCAACGUGUGUAAUAAUGGUAACCACUACCUCCCUGUUAAGAAUGGGGAGAAGAACCACUUACAGGAGCAAAAGCUAGAAACUGUGACACCACGGAAAGAGGAAUGACAAGCUGAAGAUGACUUCACAGAUCAGGAAGAAGGGAAAAUCUGCUGCUCUUUUUUGAUUUUUGGCCCAAGUUAGAGGAGAAUAUAAAUGCUCAGCCUUGAUUUAUCCAGAAUUUUGAGGGAUGUCCUAUUGUAUACAUCUUUUCCCCUUUCCUGUUUUUUUCUGGACUUCCAGAUUUAGUGAUCUGCUUCUGGGGAUUCUGGCCAAAAAUGAAUGGUAACACUAGCUCCUAUUCUCAAAUUCAAUAUAAAGCACCAAUAUUCUCUUUAUAUCCCCUGGGAGCCUACUAAGGUAGUAAUUGUCAGAAAUUGGGUAUCAUCAUGUAAGAUCCUAUAGAAAAGUUCCAGCUUUGAUUCUGAGUAUUUAUCACCACAAUUAUUUGCAGAUUUACAUGAUGAACCUAUGGAGUUGUGGGGACAGCUGUCUAUGGCUUCAUAACUUGUUUUCUUUUUUCUGUAUGAAAGAAGUGGUGAGGCUAUGAUGUAUCAUUAGUAUCCACCCCAUUCUUACUCUCCCAGCCCACCUACCCUAGGAUUUUGUAUUACCACCUCUAGCUCUAGCCUGACAGAUAGGUAGAUAUUUUCAGGAAAGUGUGGUAGUAUUGUUUACUGUAUUUUAUUUUAUUUUUUAUUUUAUACACUUAAAAAACUACCAAUGGCCUUCAUACUGGGGGAUUCAAGUGAGUCAGAAAAGUUCUGGGCAUAUUUUUCCCGUCUCUCAACUAGUGCAUUGUUUGUAAAAUAGAAGAUGUGGUACAAUUCACCUAUUCCUUACUGCUCCAUACCCUGACAUGGUUGGAAUCACAGUAGUGAAAUUGAGUAUGAAGGGGACUCAAAAGACUUUGCAUAUGUGUGUGUGUUUAUGGGUGCGUGGGUAGAUAUAUAUGUGAAUGCAUGUAUCUGUAUAUGAAUACACAUACCCUUUAUAUAAAUAGAUCUAUCUAUAUGUAUUAUAUAUAUGUAUAUAUAAAUGUGUGUGUGUAUAUAUAUAUAUGUAUAUGUAUACAGAUACAUACAUACAUGGUGAUAUCCCAGAGGAUUUACUGAAUUUCCCAAAAGUGCUUCCACUGCUAUAGAGUGGUGGGUUUCAAAAGACCACACUUUAAACCUGAAAUCCUAAGUUGUAGCCUAUCACAAUUAUGAGAAGAUGGGCCACUCUAAAUCAGACAAAAAGUACUUUCCAUAGAUUGCCUGUUCAGAGCAACAAACACUUAAGGUUAUUAUGUGCUUAAUCUUGAACAGAGACCUCACAUCUCAUUUGGUGAACACAGGAAGUUGGAAUGGGAUUGGUAAGAGUUGAGCAUUUCCUUAUGAAGGUUUAGAGCGAAAAGACCAUUAUGAGAAGUGACUAUCAUGAGUUUGGAGGAAAUCUCUUCAGGAACUUCAGGGUCAAAUUGGCUUCAGGAUAAAACUGACAUGAAUGCCUGAAGGGUACAGGACUACAAUUGGAAUGAUGUAGUGGGGAAGUGUGAGGAAACUGACAAUUUGAUUUUACAUGCCUAGAUUGUUUCAUUUGUUUGUUGACAUUCUAACUACCAGAUCUUUUCAUUUGCUUUGCAAGGAAGACUUCAGAAGACUCUGGCCUGGGCCUUGAGACAUAUUUUAUUAAAUAUUGUCAGCCCUCUAUGUGGCCAGUAUCCACUGUGGAUGAAGAGGCUGCUCCUCCUUGAAUCUUGACAUAACCUUACAUUUCCCAUUUCCCUCCUUGGGUAGCCUUAAGUAUGGGGGAUGGAAAUAUGGCUUGAAACAAAUUAGCAUUGUGUCUUCACUUGGGAAUUAAUGUUUCUAGUAUUACAUACCUCCUUUUGGGCUUUAUGAUAUUCUUGCCCAGGAAGUAUCAUUCCUGUUUGAAUACAACUGACUGAACUUCUAGCAGGGUUCUCUCUUGUUGAAAACCCCAUGUACCUUAAUCCACUGUAGCUCCUUUGUGAUUUUUUUCUUCAGACAACCAGAAGGCUGUUUUCUGGCCCAGUUUAAGAGAACCCUUAAUUUGCAGGGGAGGGGAGCCCUGGCCUGGCCCCUGUCGAGAUACUUCUUACAUAAACCAAAGGAUAACAAGAGUGUACACCUAAAUAGAUAUAAACAGAAACAAAGUGUACAAAAACUUCCUCUUUGGAAUCAGCUCCCCUAAUUUGGCCCCUUCUACUCUUGAACCCACCCAAACUUUCAUAACAUCUUGAAGGUAUAGAUUCUAUAUCCAAUAAGGGAGGGAAUUAGUAGUAAAUUUACAUGGUUUGGAGUUUUCUUUCUGGAGCCAUGGAGGGCUGAAUCCUUUGAAGCUCUAAAAGUAAAUCAGAAUCACUGAGUUGUACAUAUAUGUAUUUUAUAUAUACAUAUACACACACACAAAUACAUAUUUUCUAAUAGGAAGUACUUGGAGUUAAUCAGUAAUUUUUUUCAGUUGCUAUUACCAUUCAUCUUAAAUCUAUCUGACAUGAUCAGAUUACGGUAUUGUUAACUCUUGCAGCAUUAAGAAGAUUUCUUAUUUUGUAGGCAUUUACUCUGAGAAUUUAAAUUGCUGCUUUGGUAGGGAUGAUUCCAAUUUACCAAAGCUGGAUGAUUCUAUUUUGUUUUUCUCCCUUCUAUAUACCUCCACUUUACCCUAGCCUGGUCUAGAUGAAACAAGUGGUUCACCUCCAAUCUUGAUUUUUAUUUGGAUUCAGCAUUUUGGGUUUGGAAAGUUACAAGAUAGAACUAUAAAUGGCCAUAUUCCUAGAUUUUAAAUUAUCUGACAAAAUUUAAUUUGUAUUAAAAACCAGAAAAAAAUAAAGUUUAUUACUGGGAGAUGAACUUUUUCUAAUUGGAGGACAAAUUGGAGAAGAUGGGGUCUUAUCUUUAUUGUAUAGUCACUUGAAGAGACUAUCAUCCUUUAGUUGAGGUUCCAUUUCUGAUUGUGAUGUGGCCUCUCUUGAACAAAGUCGUAUGGGAACCCCUAAAAAUGACCCUUUUACCUUGUAGGUCCACAAGCAAAAACACUCUGGUUGUAUACAGCCACUGAUCCCCAAGGACUUGCCAGUUCUUGAUUUCUGUUGGUAUGUCUUGAGGUUAGUCUAUAACUCCUACUCUUAUUCAGUGGACAGUCUGGUCUGGACCAGUCCUAAAAAAUAUAUGCUCACUUGCAUCAUUUUCAUUCUGAGCCAGUAGACUUAAAACUCCAAGAAGUGGUACUUGCUUUGGCUAGUGACAUUUGAUUUUUGUCUCCAUCUUGAUUUUCUGACAUUGUUGGCCCAAUCACAUUAACUUUUAUUGGUCACUGAGAAAAACAGCCAACAAGGCAUUAUUAGGGAGGGUAGUCAAGAUGGAGGGUAGGGGGCAGGAAUGCUUAUAUAGGGUAGAAAGAAUGUGGAGGUAGCUGGUUAUGGUGAUUCAGUCCUUUGGAACCUUAGAAAGCUUCUGUAGGCAUGUCAGUUCUACCAUUUCAGCCUCCAAGACAGCCCCCCAUCUUUGAAAUGAAAAUACAAAUUGACCACAGUUUAAAAUAGUAUAAUUCUACUAAGUUUUAAGCAUUAUACUUGUUCACUUCCUGGUGAAUAUUUUCUUAAUAUGCUUGGGGUUUGGGGUUGGGGUUGAGUUUUUACUGUUCAAUUGUGUAACCCUAUAUUUUUCCCCCUCCCAUGACUUUGGCAUCUUCUUUGACUUUCUAUUUUCCUUUCUGUUGGCUUAUUGCAGUAGUCUGCCGGGGCAGGUAGGGCCCUCAUUAUGCUACUACUGAUAAUUAUCUUCAAUACUGUCAAAGGUUAUUAUUUUUUUUAAUUGAGACAGAGUCUUACUUUGUCACCCUCUGUAGAGUGCUGUAGUGCCAUAGCUCACAGCAACCUCAAACUCUUGGGCUCAAGCGAUUCUCUUGCCUCAGCCUCCCUGGUAGCUGGGACUACAGAUGCCUGCCACAAUGCCCAGCUAUUUUUUUGUUUAUUUGUUUGUUUGUUUGUUUUUUAUUUAGCAGGCCCAGGCCAGGUUCAAACCCACCAGCCUGGGAGCAUGUGACCAGCACCCUAACCACUGAGCUACAGGCACUCCUGUCAGAGGUUAUUUUGAUGUUUUAAGAAAAUCAUGUCAUUUCUUUACAAAAUCAUCUUUUCCAAGCAAAAUAAACUAUCCCCUGUGCUAGGGUGCCCAUUUCAGCUUUUGACAUUACCCCUGUACUUUUACCAGAUGCUCUCUUGUCCAUGUUAGUAGUAGUGAAUUUCCAUGUAAGUGAAGCAAAUUAAAUAUUUAAGAUUUUAUUAAUCUCUGAUAGACCUGCCAAAUCUGAUGAUUUUUUAAUUACUUCCCAGAAGACACUUCCCCUCCUACCUUUUAUUCCAUUCUGUUCUAUUUUUAGAAUAACACACUAGGUAAAGAAACUUUAACUGCAAGGAAUCAGUGAUUUUUAGUUCUUCCUGAUAGCUGGUGUUAUUGACAAUGAACGAAUUUCAUUGCUUUUUCCUGUGUUACUAUCUUCUUUCCUGUGCUCUUGACAUUUUGUUUAGUGGAUAGAUAAUAUGUCUUUCUCUUUCCCAUUCCCAGAUUUCAAAUUCCCUCCCUUUUGACCCACCUUACCACGAAAGUUCCAUAGUUUAUUAAUGUAAGUUUGAAUGGAUGCUUCUUUGGGAAAACUGUAGGAGUUACUGAAAGUGUUUCAGAAAGGAAUGAGAAUGUCUCAGGAGUUGUUCUGUGAUGGAAAUUGGUUUGUUCUGCUAAUGCUGAUGGGAAGAAACUUACACUGCUUAAUAAAAUGUAUUAUUUUAGUAAAAAAAAAAUGU